AGGUGAAAGGGGCGGGGCCCGACGUGGCACUCGGCCUUCUGUUGCCGCGAACAGGUGCUCCGCCCCGCAUGCGCAGUGAAUCCCUCCCGUUGACAGCGAGGCCUGAAAACCAUUCCUCUCCCUCCCUCCGUCUCUUCUUUCUCUGCCCCCACCCUCUGCUCAGGUGGUGGAUGGAUGGAUGAGGCUCCGCGUGCGCCUCGUUGCAGAGCUCAGUGCGAGAGAGGCGCGCGGCGCCGCUUGCUGCCAUGGCAACUUCCCCGAGGACAAAAUUGGGAGUUAAACCUGUCCCUGACGCUAUGAGCACAAAUAACCAGUGGGACGUGAACAAAGCACUAACUCUUGCCGGUCUGUUCCACUUUCUUUAUGGUGCGGGAAAUGCCUGCACAAUUCCCUUUUUAACUUUGUACUUCCGGCAGCUUGGACUGACAGCACCAUUAGUAGGGAUUGUAAUAGGAAUGCAGCACUUAAUCACUUCCAUUUGGGCCCCAUUAUGUUCCUACCUAGCAAAAACGCACAAUAAAAGAAAAGUACUUAUCAGUGGAUCUUUGCUGGGCUCAGCUGGAGCAGGUUUGCUUCUUACUCUGGUCCCACCAUUGGACAUGGACAUUGUCUAUAUGUAUUGUAAUAUGAGCCAGCAUCCAGGUAAGCUGUUAAGUGCAACCCAAGUGCCUGAUAUAAGUGGAAGUAGCCUGGGUACAGUGAAUACAGUGAAUACUAAGCUAGUUUCUAGUAACAAAACCCUCUCAGUGGAAGCACAUGGAAAGCUCUCAGAGGACCUGGUGACUACUGGUAAACCAAGACAAACAUAUACACCAAUCAACUUUCAUUCCUCUGCAAAUAUCCCUUCUAUGAUCAGCAGUGGAGUCAGUGGUGCUGAUACAGACAGACGUCGAUUCACUGAUGGGCCUUUUGAUGUAACAUUAGUUACUUCUAAGAACACAACUGACCUGAUAGAACAAAUAUUAGAGGCAUCUACUUUGAGUGAGCCCACAAAGACAAACAGAAACCCAAAUACUGGCACCAUGAAUAUAAAAAAGAAUCCUAUGGGAAAUAAUUCUUCAAAGGAAAAUGCUAACUCCACAUUUCACACAGCCCUGAUACGCCUCACAGAGACACCAUAUGAAUUGAAAAACCUGUCAGGGCGCUGGGAAAGAGCGCAAGAUGGGAAUUCUGAUUUGUUACAAGGUCCUGUUUUCUUGGAUGGCGAGCAUCAGAUCUUUCUUAUGGUGCUAGGGGCAGUUGUGCUUUGGGAGCUCCUGGCUGCCCCUCUUGGAUGGAUGGUCGAUGACAGCCUCUUUGAGUACCUUGACUUUGUGGAUGCAGCAGACAAAUACGAAAAUCUUUGGAUCUGGAGUUACUCGGGUGCCUCUUUAGGAGUCUGCAGCAUUGCAGUAUUCGUGGAUCAGCUGAGUUGCUUUGUGAUCACCAACACCCCACGUUUUGCAGUACAUUUUUAUGGCUAUGCCUCUUUGAUAACUUUAGCUUUACUUGUGAGUGUCUUCUUUCCCAUCUAUGUGUCCAAGAAAACAGAACAUGUCAAUAAAACCUUCAAAGCAUUGAACCUCAUUGGGAACGAUGGCCGGACCAUCCUGUCUGCUGUCACUGUCUUCCUCACAGGGGCCAUUGGGUCAACUGUGCAGAACUUCCUUUUUUGGCAAAUGCAAGACCAAGGCAGCAGUGAGUUGUACAUGGGCCUCUCAAUUGCCAUAGGACUGGUUGCCGAGAUCUUCCUCAACAUCUUCAAAAGCAAGUUGCUGAGGGCUCUUUCGGGCAGCGGAACAGUGGCCUUGAGCUUGAGCUGCCUGGCAGCACAGCUACUCUACUAUUCAUUCCUGUGGAGUCCUUGGGCCGUGCUGCCUAUACAGAUACUCUGUGCCUUCAGCAAUGGCGCCUUAUGGUGGGCUGUGAACAUGCUUGCGAAUGACAUUGCCACUCCUGGCACAGAGCGGUCUCUGCAUUUGGUCUUGCAGGGCCUUUCUUGUGGAUGUGGGGCCAGCCUGGGCAGCUUUGCAGGGGGGUUUGUUGUGAACAGCUUUGGCCUACCAGUGCUCUACAGGGCAUGCUCCAUUGCAUUAGUACUCUGGUUGGUCUUGUUCUUGAUUGUCCAGUCCAGGUUACCACGUCAGAAAAGAAUUAAUUAUUCCCGUCUCCUAGCUGCAGAUUCUAGUGACAUGAGUGACUCUGAUGACAAAGAGGAUGACGAUAAGGAAAGGGACUGGCUGGUGAAAGCGAUGAAGGAUGAAAAUUUCAAUAGGAAUUGGUGAGAUCAAAUUUCCAUCAGUCUGUUCGCCAGAUAACAGAUUUUGGAGCUAUAGGGUGAAACCGUCUGAAAAUGGUGCACAUGAAAUCUAUAAAGAAUCAAAUACUGGGAUUUUGUGGUGUACUGUACAUAUUUGCUCAGGAAGCAAUUAUAAAGAUUUUAUAAAGAUUUUAUUUUCUUAAGAUUAAUUUAUUGUAAAUAUUUGUAGUUGUUCUUGCAUUUUAAUUUUCAAGAUCCAUGGAAUUGAAACUUGAAACAGAUUGGAAUGGAAACUUGAAACUGGGAAUCUAACAUAGCACUUAUUAUGUGAGAUUCAUUGACAGUUGAUCAGGAAGGAAUAUGUUAUGAAUAGAAGGAAUAUUCUGAUUUUAAAAAUUCGAUAAAAGAAAUCAUGGGUAUUACAUCCCUUUCAAGAACUAGAUUGUGAGGCUAGGGUGAUAUUAUUUUGGUCUUGGCCAGUUGAUUUUUAAAAUCUCCAACGUCACCUGUCUGGGAGAUUUGAGACACUGAAAGGAUUAUGCUAAACUCAUCCCAAAUCUGUAAUAUGAAUAUAAAAUCAACAUGUGCUAUAAUGCACAGUAGGGUUACAGCUUCCAUAUUGCCUGUGGUUAAACUUUCUCAUAGAUUGCCUAGGUACAGUUCCUAUUUCAGUCAAUCAUUCUACAAGCCAACAUUGAACCUUCUCAAUUGCUUACUCUCAUUUAACUUGGUAAUUGGGCAGCUAAUUGAUAUGAAUCAUGUCAAGUUAUUGCCUUAGCUCCACUUACACAGUGAACUGUCCAGCUAUGGAAUCCAGUGUAACUGCUCAGGAGCAUAUUUAUACUGUACUAAAAUAUAUUGGAUCUUAUCCCAGAUUGCAUAAAAUUUACAUGUACUAAUUGAUUUGUAUGAUUAGACAUUAUUACACUAGUUUUGAUACAAACAAUGUAUUUCAUCAUAGUGGGAUCAAUAGUGACUAAGGUAACCCAUGUGUUUAUUGUUGCUGAUAACUUCAGGUAUUCUGCUCUUCCUUGUUAUGGAUCCAUAUCUUUAGAACAGAUUUGAAUUAGAUGAUCUUUGACAUAAAGAACUGCCUUUAUUUAUCAUUUCAAAUGGAAAACUGCAAUAUAAAUUAAGUUGCAUGAUGCACGUAGUUUACAAAUGGCGCUCACCUACAUUCUGUCCUGAAUUAAUAGAAGGCACUCCAUGAAUCUUGACAGACAAAUAGCAAAAGCACACAAAUUCUAGUGUUGAAAAACGAGAUUGUUUCACAUUUUUCAGGGUUGGUGCAAUAAAUAAUAUUGUACCAUUUUGGUACAGAGAUAAAAAAAAGAUUAGACUAAACUCUGGAGGAGUCAAAGGCUGGAAAUUUAGUCUGCUUGCAUUCUAGGACUAUACUUGAUCUUCCUUAGAGAGGUUACUCUUGUAGGCAACAGUUUGUGCAUGCAAAUGCUGAAGAAUGGCUUGAUCUGUAUCACAAAGAAGUCAAGCUUCAGAGGGAUUUCAACAGGAUUGCAGAAACUUGAAGGGUGAUACUGUAAAUCACACAGUACAGAAAAUAUAUUUCCCUUUGACUUUUGCUUCCAUAUUGCAGUCAGCAGAGAAAGCCUCUCUUAUUUAUCUAGUGAAAACUGUUGUUGCUAGCAAGUGAGUUUUUCAUUAAAGGAACUUUACUGUUUGGCUGGUCUGCAGUUGCAGUUAGACAAAAAUAGAUCUGUAACACAUUGGAAUGGAAUGAGAGGCGUGUUUUUAAUCAUAUUUUUCCUAGUUCACUUAAAAACCAAACUCCUUAGGAAAGAUGUUAUGUAGAGAAAAACUGUAUAACAAAACCAGGUGUCAUUUAGGAGUUUCAUUGUUACAGUGCCUAGUGUUUCUUUCUGAUUGGAAAGGAAGGAAGUCAUGAGGAAGGAGGAGGAAUGAUUGGAAUAAAGGCUGCAAGUUGGGAGGGAAGAAUUAUCUUCAUGCCACAGCUCCAAUCUAGAAUUAUUCUUCUAGAGCUGCUGCUAGACACAAAGAAAACAGUUUAUAGGUACUUUUUUUUUUUUUUUUUACAUUUUAUGCCUGCUCUUCCAUAGUAGCAGUUUUGGAGAAGGAGCAUUUACUGUAAGUGGAUAAAGAUUUAUCCAUUCCAUCCUGCAAACCCUUCACUUGUUUUUGGAAGGGUUCAAAUCACAAAAUGGCCAUCAUUUCUACAUUGUAUCUAAUAUUAACUGUCAAAUUACUUUGUAUGUAAUUUGUUGGAGUUAUAUGCAGAAGUGCUGCUGCUUUGACUGCAAAAACAGCCUUGGUUAUGUUAUCUAAGUGAUUUUCUUUAGUUGAUGUAUUUUAAAGAAUCCAGUGUCCAGUUGCAAAAGUGGACAUCAUAACUGGAUAGCAAAUGGUGCCAAGAACGAACAGUAUAAACAGCGCUUACAGAAGUUUUUAUUUGUUCCUAUUUUUUUAAAAAUUCACUGAAGACUGAAUGAGAGAACAGAGAUGGUACUUGGACAAGCAAUUUAUUUAUACUCAUACAGCAAGAAAGAAAUUGCCUUCUGAAUUGCAUAUGUAAGAGCUCACAGGUGCAAUUUUAUUUUUUCUUCUGCAAUUUUCAAGGGGAAUCGCUCUAUAAAUUGAUUCUUCCUAA